UGGAUUUCUAAAGUCGCGUUGGGCUCGUCACUUCCGCUGCGUCGGCGCUGACUGAGCGCGUCACUUCCAGGCGGCGCGGAACGGAGUUGCAACCGCCUGUGGAGCAACAUGCCUAAGUUUUAUUGUGACUACUGCGACACGUACCUCACCCAUGAUUCUCCAUCUGUGAGGAAGACACACUGCAGUGGUAGGAAGCACAAGGAGAAUGUGAAAGACUACUAUCAGAAGUGGAUGGAAGAGCAGGCUCAGAGCCUGAUUGACAAAACAACUGCUGCAUUUCAACAAGGAAAGAUACCUCCUACUCCAUUCUCUGCUCCUCCUCCUGCAGGGGCAAUGAUCCCACCUCCCCCCAGUCUCCCGGGUCCUCCUCGCCCUGGGAUGAUGCCUGCACCUCACAUGGGGGGCCCUCCCAUGAUGCCAAUGAUGGGUCCCCCUCCUCCUGGGAUGAUGCCAGUGGGACCUGGUUCUCAGCAUGGGCCUCCUGCUCACCUUUCCUACAACUCCGAACAAACGCUUAGUGCUCCUGGAAUGAGGCCGCCUAUGGGAGGCCACAUGCCAAUGAUGCCUGGGCCCCCAAUGAUGAGACCUCCUGCCCGUCCCAUGAUGGUGCCCACCCGGCCAGGAAUGACCCGACCAGACAGAUAAGGAGAUUGGGGAGCCUCUUUAUAUCAGUUUUGUAUUACUUGUACUUCACCAGGGGAUCGUGGUGCUGUGACUCGGGGUGUUUUCUAACAGCAUGAUAAGGAAAACUUGUUCCCCCUUCCUAUCAGAGAGAGUAGUUUUGGAGGGAAGUAGUGGGACAGAAAAAACAGUUUUCAUUUGUAUUGUGAAAUGUGAAAAUAAAAUUGUCAAUUCUUUUAGUUAAAAA